AUGAACAUCACAGACAACCCAGUUACUUCUGUUCUCCUACGGUUUUUAGUAACCGUGGUUCUAAUGGCAGGAAUUACCACAUUACUCGCACAUAUGCUCACAUUGUGUACAGCAGAAAGAUGGCGGCCAGUACAAGGCAUACCCGGACCACGGGGGUGGCCUAUAGUUGGAUCGCUCUUUUCGCUUGGUAAGUUUCCUCAUUUAAAACUAAUGGAAAUGGCACGUAUUUAUGGCAACGUGUAUCAACUUCGUCUUGGUAAUCAAUACGUCGUUGUCGUGAAUGGAAUACGAGCGAUAAAGGAAUCCUUACUGAAAAAAUCGGUGCAUUUUGCUGGACGGCCUGCAUUUCCAUCGAUGACUUUUACAAAGAAGUAUGUAGGGGUUGUGUUUGACUCGUAUAAUGAGAAUUGGAAGAGUCAGCGUGUGAUAAUCGAUUCGUCGCUCAAGAAAUUUACAAGUGGGCCAACUGCACUGGAAGACGUAGUUACAUCAGCGGCAAUGAAUGUUGUGAACAGCUUGACCAAUCAUGGAAUCGCAAAAUUUGAUGCCUAUGAUGAUAUUUACGUUGCUGUGGGCAACGUAACCUGCUUCGUCCUAUUCGGAAAACGCUACAGUCACAAUGACAAUAAUUUCAAAAAGGUCCUGUACCUUAGUAAGCAGUUUGAUACCGCGAUCACGGGAAAGGGAAACAUCAUCGACUAUCUACCAUGGAUGACAUUUGCAAUGAGAAAUGUGUUUGCGAAACUUGGAAAUGACUUCGACGAGUUUAACAGGUUCAUAGAUGAGCAGAUGAACUCGCAUGUAAGUAGCAAUUAUAAAGCAAGAAGUGUGGUGGAUAGCAUGAUUAGAAUACGCAACGAUGCGGGAAAGACUAAAGGCUGCCCGCUAAAAACAAAAACUGAUAUUAAGCGGAUGCUGUGUUGUUUAUUUGGGGCUGGCUAUGAAAACACCACUAAUACAAUAUACUACUUGGUGCUCUACAUGAUCAUACAUCCGGAAAUUCAGUGCAAAGUACACGAAGAAAUUGACAGAGUAGUAACCAGAGAUCGACUACCGACACUUUCUGAUCGAGCAAAAUUGCCAUAUACAGAUGCCGUCGUACAGGAAGUUAUCCGUCAUGCGUCGCUUUUCCCGUUGUCGAUACCAUAUUCGACCUUGAACGACACGGAUAUUCUUGGGUACACAAUCCCGAAAGAGACGCCUAUAUUCGUGAACCUGUGGUCUGUAAACUACGACGAAAGCGAGUGGAAAGACCCACAUCGAUUCAACCCUGAUCGAUUUCUUUCUGACGACGGCUUGUCAGUGAAGAAAUCACAGGUCGCUAAGAUUGUUGCUUUUGGUUUAGGGAAAAGCGAUGCUCAGGUCCUGUACCUUAGUAAGCAGUUUGAUACCGCGAUCACGGGAAAGGGAAACAUCAUCGACUAUCUACCAUGGAUGACAUUUGCAAUGAGAAAGGUGUUUGCGAAACUUGGAAAUGACUUCGACGAGUUUAACAGGUUCAUAGAUGAGCAGAUGAACUCGCAUUGCAAAGUACACGAAGAAAUUGACAGAGUAGUAACCAGAGAUCGACUACCGACACUUUCUGAUCGAGCAAAAUUGCCAUAUACAGAUGCCGUCGUACAGGAAGUUAUCCGUCAUGCGUCGCUUUUCCCGUUGUCGAUACCAUAUUCGACCUUGAACGACACGGAUAUUCUUGGGUACACAAUCCCGAAAGAGACGCCUAUAUUCGUGAACCUGUGGUCUGUAAACUACGACGAAAGCGAGUGGAAAGACCCACAUCGAUUCAACCCUGAUCGAUUUCUUUCUGACGACGGCUUGUCAGUGAAGAAAUCACAGGUCGCUAAGAUUGUUGCUUUUGGUUUAGGGAAAAAGCGAUGCCCAGGUCAGCAGCUGGCACAAUUGGAAUUGUUCCUGUUUUUCGCGAUUUUCAUGCAUCAGUGCCAAUUUGAAAAGUGUGAAGGUGACAAUCCGCAGUUGACAAGUGUGUAUGGAUUGACUUUACGACCAGUGCCAUUCAGAGUUGUCACGAAGCAAAGAGGACCAGUACUAGGAAUUGAGUGA